ACACAUCUCGAAGAACAACAGUUACAGAGUUGCUGCAGCUCAGAAAGAGCCCCACUUAGUCUGCUUUUUGAUUUUGGUACCUCCCCUUCAUUGGCAAUUGGUUGGUCUACUGCCUGGCAACUACAACGGCUGGAUCCCACCCACCUCGCUUCCAGUUCUGGGAAGGAGAUCCCUCAGAUUGUGCCAAGUAGCAUAAUCCCCAGGAAUAAACAAAGAAAGAAACAAAGAAAAACAGAAAUAGCCCAGAGGAAAGAACACAGCCUUCAUGCUGGGGAAGAAGAGAAAGAUGGCAAAGCCUUUCAUCCAACAUAUGAAGAAAAACUUAAACUUGUGGCACUACACAAACAGGUUCUGUUGGGACCAUACAAUCCGGACACCUGCCCUGAAGUUGGAUUCUUUGAUGUGCUGGGGAACGAUAGAAGGAAAGAAUGGGCGACCCUUGGAAACAUGUCAAAACAGGAAGCCAUGGCAGAAUUUGUAAAGCUCCUUAAUAGGUGUUGUCAUCUCUUUUCAACAUAUGUCACCUCCCAUAAAAUAGAGAGAGAAGAACAAGAAAAGAAAAGGAGGGAAGAGGAGGAACAGAGGCGUCGUGAAGAGGAAGAGCGAGAGCGUUUACAAAAGGAAGAAGAGAGACGUAGGCGAGAGGAGGAAGAGAGACGGAGACAGGAAGAAGAGGAGAGGAGGCGAAUAGAGGAAGAGAGGCUCCGGAUGGAACAGCAAAAGCAACAAAUAAUGGCAGCAUUGAACUCGCAGACUGCUGUUCAGUUCCAGCAAUAUGCAGCCCAGCAAUAUCCGGGCAACUAUGAACAGCAGCAGAUCCUGAUUCGUCAGCUACAAGAACAGCACUAUCAACAGUACAUGCAGCAGUUAUAUCAAGUCCAGCUGGCACAGCAACAGGCAGCAUUACAAAAUCAGCAGGAGACAGCAGUGGCAGCUGGGGCUUCUAUGACUGCUAUGUCAAAGGUGAAUGCAGCUGCCCCAGGAGAGAGUCCCCCAUCUAUUAAUGGACAGGCCAGCGCUCAAACAGACAGCCCUGAAAAACAGCUGGAGCCAGAUGCUCUGGAUGAAGCAUUUGAGAAUGGACCAAAAGAAUCUGUUCCUGUGAUAGCGGCUCCAUCCAUGUGGACACGACCCCAGAUAAAAGACUUCAAAGAGAAGAUCCGACAAGAUGCAGACUCUGUGAUCACAGUAGGCAGAGGAGAAGUGGUUACAGUCAGAGUACCAACUCACGAAGAAGGGUCGUAUCUCUUCUGGGAGUUUGCUACAGACAAUUAUGACAUUGGUUUUGGGGUAUAUUUUGAAUGGACAGACUCGCCUAACACUGCAGUCAGUGUGCAUGUCAGUGAAUCCAGUGAUGAAGAGGAUGAAGAUGAAGAAAACAGUGAAGAGAAAGCCAAAAAGAAUGCCAACAAGCCUCAGCUAGAUGAAAUAGUGCCUGUAUACAGACGAGACUGUCAUGAAGAAGUGUAUGCUGGCAGCCACCAGUACCCAGGGAGAGGAGUUUAUCUCCUUAAAUUUGACAACUCCUACUCAUUAUGGAGAUCAAAAACAGUUUACUACAGAGUCUAUUACACUAGAUAAAGCUGUUGCAGUGGCGGAGGCUGGGGCUGUGCAGAAGACAUCAUUUUAUUUGGAAUUUUCUUCAAAUGUAAUGGAUCUUUUGAGUUUGUAUUUUACCCUGUCUGGUGUAUCUAUACGGUUUGUAUGUGAACUUUAACAUUAGAUGCUGGGAUUUUUCUGCUGAACAAUUGUAAAGAAGAUUACUUUGGGGCUUAGUACAGCAUCUCCCAGCGCUUACUGGCAGCAAGAGGUUAGCCAAUGAAAUCACUGACUGUCAGACUAAAGUCACACUAACUGCAUAUGCAAAAAACCUCCAAGCUGUUACUUACACAUACAAGCACAUAGUGUUUGAACAGUUGGUGGGGUGUUGGCUGGUCUGUGUGCUUUGGGAAUGGAAUGGUAACUUGUUAAUUGUUGUUAGGGGAAGUCUCAUCCUUAAUGGACAGAAUUGGACACAAUUUGCAAUGUAGCAAGUCUCUCAACUGUAUUAAUGUCAGAUUUUUACACUAUUAAAACUUGAAACAAGUUGUGUCUCCUGUUGUCAUGCAAAAUGUGACCUAUUUGAUCUCUUAAAACAGUGUAGUGUAUAAAAGAAGGGUAUUUGUUUUCAGUGGGGCUGCAGAGUCCAGAUCAGGACAACUGUAAAGACAAAGGUCCUUCUCUGACUUCAAAAUUGGAAGCUUUAACUCGGAUAGCAAUUGAAAAUAUACAUAACUAGUGACACAACAGAAUCUUAGUCCCCCUCCACCUGCUGCAAGUCAUGGUGGGAUUCUGAUACUGAACCAGGGGAUGACUGUUCUUGUCUUGUUUGCUGAUUUGGCUGUACGGGUAGACUUCAAAGUGAAACCAGUUUUCUGCACAACUCUCAGUUCCUGCUUUGUGUGUUUUGUAAACCUAAAUUUGCACUUAGUGCAUUUAAAUGAUUAUCUGAAUCAUUUUGGUGAAGCAUAGGAAUUAAUGUUGCACUAAUAUUAUGGAAAUCACUGCCAGGGACAACCCAUUUUAGUUUAAUCUGGGGGUACUUGGGUGCAAACCUUCCAUGCUUUAAUUCUAGUCUGUAAUUAUGUUUUCCAAGGAAAAGCAGAAUGUCACUGCAGAUCCUUAAUAUUUUAGCUUUAAUCUCCAUGCCAUAUUUCAUAAUACUGUUGAAGCAUUUGCAUAGUUCUUACUCUAAAAAUAAAUACAGAUGGUUAUCUGGUGCACAUCUGCAGUAACAGUGCACUUUUCUGUGGGGCUCUGUUUUUUGAAAGGAUGAGAGGGUUCAGGCACAUUGUAAAGAUGAACUGCUCUUUCUGAAGGAGUAAUGCACUUGAUUAGUGUUGCAUCAUUCUCAAAUCAAUUAUUGCAGUAGGAUUUCCAUCGAUUAGUUGCAGCUUAUACAGUUCCAUAAAAAUAGGGAUGUUGGAGUUUGUGGGGU